AUGACGUCCGGCGACGAUGACAUCAUAAUGAUUUGGAAUGGAUUUCCACUUCUUGCUGUCUCUGCCCGACUGGUGAUUCGGCUUCAGAUUACGCCUCCUGAGGUGAGAACUCUAAACGCUUGUGGAGCCACAAUGGAGUCCCUAGGAAAUGGAUCAUUGACUCCAUCUGAACUGCAGUGCCUACCUGAAAAAUAUGUGGGCAGGCGGAGUGUGGAGGUCACAAAGGUGGUGCAGGAAUUAUAUGGUCCCCCAGAUGAGAGCAGAGAAUGGAGCAGUGACGUGCUCACCACUGGCCGCAGUCCUGGAUGCACCAAACACACUGAAUGUGUCCUGAACAAUAUAUCUCUAGACAGUAAAUAUGGCUUGGAGGAUUCAGUACACCAACUCACAGAAGAGAUUACAUUUCCUGAGUGUAUUGAGCCGGACACCACCAUGGAAACAAAGAUGUGUGAGCCACACAAGGAAACCAAGCAACCAAGACAUGCUGGAGGAUCAAGGGUGUCGACGCUGCAGAUUACGACGUUGGGAGAUAAAGCCAGCAGAGGGUCUCUCUCCAAAAACAAGGCUGAUGGUUAUGAGGCAGCGUUUCUUCGCAAUAAGAUAAGGGGAGCUGGAAAGAUGUCAGGUUCCUCUGCAAUAAGCUCACCUACGGAAAGCCUGGAGGACCUACUAUACCGCAAAACGAAACGUGUUUUUGAUUACUCAGUGAAAGACAUGAGAGGGCAACGGUCAGCUCAAUGUAUUCCACUGGAAUUCGUGAGAAUGCCCCCUAUGAUCCAAAGUAGUUCAGGAGCUCCCUCUGUCACAUACUCCAAGAGAACUGAACAUACUCUAAUGCAGUCAAGAGUGGUCAGGAGAAAGGAAGACAACCAGCAUUCACUGCAGGUUAAAGUCAACAAAGCAUGGAUGGAGCCAGAGAAGAGUAGUUAUAAUUCAAGAGUUACCACACAGAGAGCAGACACUGCCAGUGGUCCACAGCCAGUCAGGAAGAGUUCAGAUAUAAUCAGAAAGGAAAAGAAGGGUGUUUACUACACUGAGCUGAGCCGACAGGUGCAGGAGAGAAGCCAGCUGAUGGAGAGAGAGAGAAGGAAGAACGCAGAUGCUGAGCAAGUGCACAAUGAGACCAUGCAGUUUGGGAUAUGGGGCAAGCUAGGCGGUGGAGCCCCCAACCCCACCACUGUGAGAAGGACCAAGUUCAGUUCCACAGGGCUCAGGUCCCAGGACCAGGUUCCCUACCAAGGCUUUGCUGGCAUUCCAUUCCAUCUGCGAUUCUAACAUCUGCCAUUUUGUGGUGCCUCUUGAGUACAGGGUCCAUGUAUAAAAACAGCAAUGACAAGAA